AAUAGCCCUGGAUCUUCCCAGGGGUCGUGCAAAGCGGGUUUGGAAGUGCUCCUUGAGAAUGGUUAUGACGACAAUGACAGCGGCGUGUUUUAGAGUGGACCACUGGAAGAGUUUGAGGGUCUUGUUGAAGUUGAAGAACGAGACCGUGUUGAUUGAGCUCAAGAAUGGCACCAUUGUUCACGCACAAUCACAGAAACUGAUUCCAAUCAAUGUGGAUGGAGCAGUCAUCGUUGCCGAUGGAGGAAGGAAAGGAGCGACGGCCGUGGCUGUACCAAAAGUGGCUCAAAAAAUAGUGACUUUGAAACCAGAUCCCAAAAUUAUGAUUGAGAUAAGCUCUGAUACAUUAGGAGAGAUCAAGAUCAAGAAACCGGUUGUGAACGAUUAAAAAAAUCUAGCAAUGGGUCGUCGAGAAAGAAGUCUCAAACAACCCUCAUUUCAAUCCUCACUGCUAGAAGCAAGGGUUUUACUCAUGCAGCUUUUGCAUUAGGAUACAAAGGCAGGGAUUAAUUAAAGCACAGUUGAUGGAAACUUAGUUCCACUUGGUGCUCUUGUUACAUUUGUGCAAAAAUGAAUCCAAUAUUUUGAGCUUGAAGCAAACUUGAGCUGUAGAACAUGCACACACAAAGGAGAAAGAAAAACCACAAAGGGAGAAAGAAAGAGAACAAGAUAGAGGAAGGGUGGAGAAACAUAAAGAGCAAAAGGGAAAAGGAAAGGAAAAGCCGCAUAAGGAG